AGUAAAGGUUUUACUGCAUGACAAAAUUCAAACAAACAGGCAUGCAGGUAGUUAGACAUAAAUUUCCAUAAUUAACAGCGCUGUAUGCGUUUCCAUGACAAUAUCGUCUAUUACUGAAUGAUCAGAAACACCUCCUCUUGAUAGAGUCAUUAUAUAAUUCUCCAAUUGUUAAUCUACGAACAGACUGAAUACGUAUAAACACCGUCUAUUGUGUUUCAGCACUUUGAAGCCACGGUUUAUCUUUGUAUAAGCGAUUUGUUUUAAAUCCCUGUUUCGCUUGAAUGCGGGUAUGCCUGUACUUACAUCGGGUGCUUAAAUACUCAGCUUGUGUAUAAAUCCCAGCACAAUCCACUACAGCAGUGAAUACAACGACUAGCUGCGGAAAACACGGUGUUAAGUGACGGGGAAGUCCUGUCUAUGAGGACUCGGUAACGUUUGUGUAUCAUCCAUCGAGGAGUAUUUCAACCAUUCGGUUAGACCAUUGUGUUUUCACCUCUCAGAAUGAGCACAGGAUCCCCAGAAAGACGGACGGGUCCCUCCAAGGUAACCCCUAGUGAGGACACUCAACAGGAUGAUACGAAAGACCUGGAGAAAAGUCGGAGGGAAAAGAAACCGUUCUUUUACUGCAGGAUAGUGGCUAAAUACCCCGUCAAGAGUUUUGUGAUCACACUCCUUUGUCACGUUGCCAUGCUGGUCAUAUCCGGAAUUCUCGUAGCUUCCGGUUUCAACCUCUUUCCCACAAACUUCGAAGUUCUACCUAUGGAGUUGUAUGACAUUCCCUACAGACUUCGAGACUACGCAUGGCGCGAUAAAGACAACUACAAUAACAAGUUCAAGAGGACUCUUACUAACGAUGGCCUCGCCACCUACGAAAGAGGUCUAUAUUCGUCUUUCUCGUCCGUGGAUUUAUAUUACGACACAGACGGAGGCAACAUCUUCACGAAAGCCAAUCUACAGAGAAUCCAAAGGAUAGAGAACGAUUUAAACAGUUCGUCCUCAUUUUCCUCGAUUUGUAUGACGCAGAGCAGUUCUAUGUCUUGUAAACCAAUUAAAUCUGUUCUGAGAUAUUUUGACGGAACUUAUAAACACAUUAAUGCGACCUUCGACGAUCGCUACUUUAACAACAUACCUGCCGUUCUGUUCGAGGCCUUCAAUAACAGUGAAACUAAGGAGGACUUCAUGUUUUUUCUUCCAAAUGGAUACAGUUUGUCCGAUUCGAAUGCACACGGAUCUCUCACGCGCUCAGUUAUGCUUGUAGGGUGCUCCAUUAACAGCACAUCUAAGUGCAGUUCAGAUUCAUGGAAAUCACUAGCACUAUCAAAUCUACAGGAUGGAAUUGAGACAAAACUGAAGGAUUCCGUAGAUUCGUCCACGGAUGACUUUAAAUUUUAUUUCUUCUCGUAUAAUCUGUGGUUGGCGGAUGUUCUGAAACAAGCGAUAUUGGACAUGAUGUGUGCAGUUGGCAGUAUGCUUUUUAUAUUCUGUUUCAUGUUGUUCCAUACCAGAUCUUUCUGGAUUGCUGGCUGGGCCAUGAUUAGUAUCCUGCUAAGCUUUCUGGGUACAAACAUUAUUUACACGGGAGUCAUAGAUUUCCAGUACUUUGGUUUCUUUCAUAUUUUAUCCAUUUUCAUCAUCCUGGGUAUUGGUGCAGACGAUGUUUUUGUGUUCUAUGAUAACUGGCGACUGACAGCAUUUGCAACCUACCCCAGUCUCGCACAUCGUCUGUCAGAUACCUACUCCAAAUCCGUGACGAGCAUGCUUAUUACGUCACUUACCACAUCAGUCGCCUUCUUCUCCAGUGCCAUCUCUCCACUUUUAGCCACUCGUUCGUUUGGCGUAUUCUCGGGACUGCUUGUAAUUUAUAAUUAUUUAUCAGUAAUAAUUUUUUUCCCUACCGUAGUAACUAUGUAUCACUUGAAGUAUGAACAAUGGACCUGUCCAUGUUGUCGAAAGUGCACGAAGAAAGACGAUGAGAGUUUAUCAGAGAAAGGUAAAGCCGGUAUAUCGAAUGAGGUAUUUAUUAUUAGUGACGUUGAAAUGACGGUUCAUGAACCCGCCCUUGAUACGAAAAGUAAUGGUGGAAGUCGCGUCAACGUUACCGUAAAUGGAGAUUCCCUCCCGUACAUCAAAGAAAAAUCUGUCGCAUCAGUGGGGCACAGCAAUGGACGCAUAGCUAAUGGUAACGCUGGGCAUACUAACGGAAUUGUUGUGAAUGGUAAGCCAUCCACCAAUGAAAUUAAAACACUUAACAGCGAGAAGAAGCCCAAGGAAGACUCCCUAGUGGUGAAGGCACUGCAUAAAAAGAAACAGAAGAGGAUGGUGGUGUUCUUCAGAGACCAUUACCUGUGGUUCAUCACUCACAAAAUCACGCGCUGUGUGGCUCUCCCUCUCUUUGUAGUCCUGGUGGGCUAUUUUGCUUACUCCGCUUCCACACUUGAACCAGACAACGAACAGCUUCAAAUUUACAAGAAAUCUCAUUUCUACUCGCAAGCCUUAGACAAAGAGUUGUAUUCCUUCGUCAAAAACGUGGAGGACAAUAUGGUGUCUAUCUACAUCGUCUGGGGGAUUUCUCUUAAGGACCGAAGUGACUGUCAUUUUUCUUCCAUCGCAUGUCGAGGUAAACAGGUAUACGACUCGUCAUUUGACCCAAAUCCAGAAGCCAAUCAAAUGGCUCUGAAGAGGUUUUGUGAUUUCUUCUUCGAUAAUAUGACGUCCUCGGACUACAGUCUCUACAGAAUUAAAACGGACGCCUCCGGGACUCCGGAUGUGGCCUGCUUCACAAGAAGUCUUGAAACAUACCUCGGGUCUUUGUCCAUUAGCGGGCUGCCAGACCUUUCUCUUCCUUGGGAUUCUACAAAGACGUUAGCCUUCAUGAACGCCCAGACAAAGUUUUACGAUACCUCUGGGUUUUCCACAUACACGGACUUCUUGUCGAUCCCUAUGCAGUAUUGGAUGUAUGAUGGUUAUUUAGGAAAUUACACGGCAGAUUAUGGACUAUACAACGAUCUCUUUGGAGAAGAGAAAACAACAUUCAGUAAAGAACUAAAACUACAGACAAAUCUGACAAACACCCCCAUAUAUUACGGGAAUAAGCUGAAGUAUCUAGCUGUGAGAGUGAAUACGACCAUCAAUAGAAGGACUACAGGGUACUCCACAGGUCUACCUAUAGUGGAACGGUGGGAGAACUUCAUCCAAUCCCAGAUGUCUGGGAUGCCUACAGGGCUAAAGAAUGGCUUCCAACUGACCUGGCGCUCCUGGCAUUGGUUUUAUGUUUUACAGAGUCUGGCUGAUAACGCCGUCACAGGGAUCGUCAUUGGUGUGUCUCUCGCCUUCCCCAUCUUGUCUCUCUCCACCAUGAAUGUCGUUAUCGGGUUCCUCGCCAGUUUAUCCAUUUGUUGCACCACUGUCUGCGUGAUUGGGGUUAUUCCAUUGGCAGGCUGGAAAUUGGGGCUACUGACGUCAUUAAACAUGUGUUUGGUAGUCGGGCUAGCGGUGGACUAUGUUGUUCACCUUGCGGAAGCUUACACCUUGUCACUUCAUAAGGACAGAUACAACCGCACACGAGACAUGCUGGAAGAAAUGGGUCCUUCUGUUUUCUCUGGAGCAUGUACGACUCUAGGAGCAUCCAUAUUUAUGUUCGCGGCGCAAGUUCAAUUUUUUAUGCAGUUUGGAGUGUUUAUGUUCUGCACAAUAGGGUUCUCUCUCAUUUUUUCCUUAGGACUGUUUACAAUGCUUGUGGGACUAAUUGGUCCACAGAACAAUAUAGGUAACUUGAAAGUUUUAUUUCAAAAGUGUCGAUCCAAAUGUCAAAAGAAAGCUAAAAAAACCUGAGAUUGGAUCCUCCCAUCCGCCUCAGUGAAGACAACUAUCAUUGUUAUAUAUUGUUAUGUUUUAUUAUUGUCGUUAAAUUUUUCUUGUUGAUUUCAUUGUUGGCAUCAUUGUUAAAGUAAGUCCAUUGCAAUCAUUUAAUGUUGGAACGUGAUGUUAUCAUGAUAUUUUUCAAAAAGAUAAAACAUGGAAAGAAAA